ACAUAGGGGGGAACCUGCAUCAAGGAUCUGGAGGGGUGUCAGGGGUUGGGGACGCAGGUGGAAGCUGGCCCGAGGAUUCAGAGGUUUGUCAGGGAGCUUCCUUGCGAGUCGUCUCCCCCGGCUCAUCCACAAGUGCUUUCCAUCCUCCCGGACCCGACCGCAGGGAUGGAAGAUUAACAUUGAGAAUGCUCUUCCCCAGAGCCCGGCAAAGCCACCGGCCCCAUUCAGCCAUUGUCCAGGCCACAGGACAUCCGUUAGUGGAGAUCACUACUAGGGCCUGGCCCUGGAGGUCAGAAGAGCCCUUCCCGAAGGCCAGGCCGGCACGCCGGCCCCCAAGUGUCGUGCCCUUGCUCUCGGGCGCACUAUGUCUGGUCCGCGGGCUACUCCUGUGGGGGAAGGAGCGGAGCGACUGGGCUGAAGCCUGGCGCGGACGAAUCCUCUCCAGGCACUGUGCACCUGGUCGUGUUGCAUGCGGAGGGAUACUUUGUGCUGAAAAACAAGUUCUCUUCCCUCUCUCCACCUUCUCCUCCUUCCCUUCCCUCCUGAUCCAUUUCAGCUCCUGCUUGGUUACAGUGCGGCAAGAAGAGGGGCUCGCCAUCCCUGUGCUAGGAUCGUGGGCAGCCGCUUCUGCGAGCUGCAGCAGAGGCGGCGGGAGCAGCAGCGGCGGAGGGGGUUCGAGCAGGACACGGUCAUUUUUGGAGCUGCCAACCAGUGUCAUCUCCAGAAGAUGAACCUUUUCUUUGCUUUCUACUUGCUGGGAUUGUUUGUCAGUCACGGGCAAGAUCGAUUUGCUAUGUUAGCAAAUAAUAAUCUCCAGAUCCUUAAUAUCAACAAAAGUGAUGAAGGAAUAUACAGAUGUGAAGGAAGAGUGGAGGCGAGAGGAGAAAUUGACUUUCGAGAUAUCAUAGUUAUUGUUAAUGUUCCACCAGCAAUUACAAUGCCACUUAUAUUCUUCAAUGCUACUGCAGAUCGACAAGAAGACAUGAUAUUCUCUUGUAGGGCUACUGGCUCCCCUGAGCCAAAUAUCAGCUGGUAUAGGAAUGGCAAGCUUAUUGAAGACAAUGAAAAAUACACAUUGAAAAGAAACAAUACUGAACUAACUGUCAGGAACAUCAUAAAUAGUGAUGGGGGUUCUUAUGUCUGUAGAGCCACAAAUAUGGCAGGAAAAGAUGAAAAGCAGUCAUUCCUACAAGUCUUUGUACAGCCUCACAUAAUACAACUUAAAAAUGAAACAACCUUUGAGAACGGUCAGAUAACCCUUAUAUGUGAGGCAGAAGGAGAACCCAUUCCUGAAAUCACGUGGAAAAGAGCUCUGGACGGGACAACGUUUUCGGAAGGAGGCAAGAGCCCAGAUGGCCAUGUUGAAGUCAGAGGACGACGCGGAAGAUCGUCCCUGCACAUUAAAGAAGUGAAGCUGUCAGACUCGGGGAGAUACGACUGCGAAGCUGCCAGCACGAUUGGCGGGCACCAAAAGAGCAUGUACCUCGAUAUCGAAUAUGCGCCCAAGUUUGUAUCCAACCAAACCAUUUAUUAUUCGUGGGAAGGCAACCCCAUCAAUAUCAGCUGUGAUGUGAGGGCCAAUCCGCCAGCUUCCAUCCUUUGGAGCAGAGACAAGUUAUUUUUGCCCUCCAGAAACGUCACCCAUUUAAAGACUUUCAGCUCAGGAAGAAAGAUGACUUUAGAGAUCGCGCCUACGUCUGACAGUGACUUUGGACGCUAUAACUGUACUGCCACAAACCGAAUUGGAACAAGAUUUCAGGAAUAUAUUCUUGCUUUGGCUGAUGUGCCAUCCAGCCCCUCUGAAGUAAGAAUUAUAGAGUUGUCACAAACUAUUGCCAAAGUUUCUUUUAACAAACCAGACUCUCAUGGUGGUGUACCUAUUCAUCACUAUCAAUUGGAUGUAAAAGAAGUGGCUUCAGAAACAUGGAAAGUAUUUCGCUCCCAUGGAACUUCAACCACGGUUGUUUUGAGCAACUUGGAGCCAAACACAACCUAUGAAAUCAAGGUUGCAGCUGUCAAUGGGAAAGGCCAAGGGGAAUACAGUAAAAUCGAAAUCUUUCAAACAUUACCUGUCCGUGAACCAAGUCCUCCAUCAAUCCAUGGCCAGCCUAGCAAUGGAAAGAGUUUUAAACUUAGCAUAAUGAAGCAAGAUGACGGAGGGGCUCCCAUUUUGGAAUAUAUUGUGAAAUACCGAAGUAAAGAUAAGGAAGACCAGUGGCUUGAGAAAAAGGUUCAGGGCAAUAAAGAUCACAUCGUUUUGGAACAUUUACAGUGGACCAUGGGUUAUGAAGUGCAAAUUACAGCUGCAAACAGACUUGGAUAUUCUGAACCAACAGUAUAUGAGUUCAGCAUGCCGCCCAAACCCAAUAUCAUUAAAGACACGCUUUUUAAUGGCUUUGGACUUGGCGCCAUCAUCGGCACAGGCGUCGCUGCGCUUCUACUGAUUCUUGUGGUCACUGAUGUUAGCUGCUUCUUUAUCCGACAAUGUGGAUUGCUAAUGUGUAUUACGAGAAGGAUCUGCGGGAAGAAAAGUGGGGCGAGCAGCAAAAGCAAAGAUUUAGAGGACGGGAAGGCCGCCUAUUUGAAAGAUGGAUCAAAAGAACCAAUAGUGGAAAUGAGAACAGAGGAUGAAAGAAUUACCAGUCAUGAAGAUGGAAGCCCAAUAAAUGAGCCCAAUGAAACCACUCCACUCACAGAACCUGAAAAAUUGCCAUUAAAAGAAGAAAAUGAAAAAGAAGUUUUAAACCCAGAAAUUAUUGAAGCAAAAAUUUCCAUUGAUACAACUCAGUCAAAAGAAGAUAGCAAAGCAUAACAGGAAGACUACCACAGCAAAAACAACAAAAAUUCAAACUGAAGUGACCCUGUGACCAAAACUAUACAGCUUACCUUAAUUUCUUGGGCAACUUUUUUUUUUUAUCAAUACCCUAUGUUCUGGUCCACAAUACCUUUUCAUUUUUGUUCAUUUUACUUCCACAUGUAUUCCCGGCUGACAAUUCUAGGAUGCCAUUUUGAUCAAUCCAGUGAAGUUGUACAAUUUAUUACAAAGCUGAAGUUUAUAAGGAAAUAUAUUAUUAAAAUAUAACUAACCAUAGACUACAUUCCAAGUAGGAGAAAGUCAUAACUUUGCGUUAAACCUGUAACAAGAAAAAGCAUCAUGUUUCCUUGAAUCUGAUAUUUUUUAAAAAGAUUAGGUCAAUUCUAAAGGAAAAGUGAAGAGGCUUACUAAAAGUCAUUUGAUUAUCAUGAGGAAUUCAGUAUACCUGUGGUCGACAGGGAUACUGUAAUUAUUUAUAGUAAUAACUCACAAGAUGAGAUUUCUGUCUAACUUCAGUGCAGGUCCAUGACUGAACAUUAAUAGUGAAAAACUAAUCAGCAUGUGAUAUAAAUAAAAAUGGUUAUAUUUUGAGGAAAGAUAUUUUUGCCAUAUUUGAAAGUGUGGUUUAGGAAGUCCUUCAUCUUUUCUGUUAUUUAAACAUAUACUAUUUCCAUUAUAAAGAGAUAAUGCUUAAACGGAAACCCUAGGAAUGAAAAUGAAAAUAGAUUUCUAGUUUGGGCAUCAAAUCAAUUUAAAUAAAAAUAUUCAAUGUGUUACUUUAACAUAUAUAUGUGUUUAGAUUAUUUUCUUUUCUCUAGUGAUUUUAUCAAUGCAAGGAGCCAUGAUUUUCAAAUAUAUCAAAUAACACUGCCUGUAUUUUUUCUAGAUUUUAUUUCAGACUUAUUCUUAGUUUUUGUCAUGCCUAUUUUAAGAUUGUACUUUACCAACUUUAAAGGUUUGUUCAUGAAUAAUUUGAGCUAAAAAGAAAUAUAAAAAAAACAUAAUUUGACUGAAUUUAAAAAAACUUUAAUGAGUAAAUAUUUAAUGUUUCAUCCUUUGUAUAUGUAUAUUCACACAUUAGCCCAGUGCUGGGACAGAGGAGGCACUUAUUAAAUGCCUUUUGAUUCGUUGAUUACUACGUAGUGUAAGUCAAAAUAUCUUUCUGGUAAGCAUUUAUACUAUGAAUAUUAAUUUUAUUUAUCCUAAAUAUAGCAGUUUGGAGAUCUAACUUCUGAUCGGCUAUGUGUUCUUAUGUAUAAUUCAGCAUAGAGAUGCUAAAAUCAUUUGUUUGGAAUAGUAUUCUUUUAGGCCCUAAUCCAGAAUAAAUUACAAACUAUGCAAAGCUCCCAAAGGAAAAAAGAAACUGAUUAUUAAAUCUGACCUUCAUAGAAGGCAACGUAGCUAUAUAUAUCUAAAUAGAAAUAUACCCAUAAAAAGAUACAUGUAUAUAUAUGCUAUAUAUGUGUGUGUGUUUGCACACACACACAUACACACACAAUUACAUGUAUAUGUAUAUAUCGAUAUCCAUGUGGGAGGAAAACUUAAACUAUCCCUUCUCCCAAAGCGUUAAAAUUCUCCAGCAUUUCACGUGAUGUUUUAUGAUUUUGAAGUGACGGAAAACAUCUUUCUUUUCUUGGACUGCUUAGAGAAAUGAUUCUAGAAGAUCAGUGGAUGAAUUUUAUAGCUGUCAAGAAUGGCUCUCUAGGACGUUGUUCCCUUAAAAUAAAAGAUAAAUAAAAAGUAGGGUGCCAGCAGGAAGCUCCAGCUCCAGUUUCAAAUUCGUUGCCUGAAGUAUCAAGUCAAGGAAAAACAACUUUUUUUAAACCAUUCCACAAUCACUUUAGAUACUGGCAACCUGCUUAUUAACCAUGACUCCAGAGGUGGAGAUUCUCCGCAGCUACAGCAAAUCCCUCCUUCCAUUAUUCUAGGAAGUUUUCUCAAAAAUCAUAUUGUUAUGACUAUAAAACCAUGAAUUCUGUCUACAUCACAAGCCAGUUAAACCAGCCCUAACUUAAUUUCUGAUGUGACAGUCCAAAUCAUUGAAACAGUUUUUGUUUUGGAGGAUGAACCAUUCCUAGAUGGGCUCUCAAAGAGCUGAUGAAGGAAGGCAUUAGAAAGGCUCAAACGUGUAGAAAGCGCGCUUUCACCUAACGCUGUCUGGGGUGGCUCCUCCCUUCUGAGAGGGGACAAAGCGGACUCCUGCCCGAGCCUUGUCUCUGCCCUCUUUGGGGAUACAGGUGGGAAGAGGGAGCUCAGGAUGUGCCCUUUUUUCGGUCUUCUUCUCUAGACGAUCGGUCCUGCCCCAUUGUACCAAGAGCUACGGAAUCGCAUUCGAAUCCCUUUCCAUGCUCGUGUACGAGGUGAAUCCAAUGAAAAUGCAUUAAUGCAGUCUUCGACACCUGUUAGAGUUAGUCAAAUUCAGACAGAAGUUUGGCUCUUUGCAAUACUUGUGUGUGUGUGUGUGUGUGUUUCCAGUCAUCCAUAGCUACCUCCAUCCCCUUUCCUCAACAUGGACUACGGAUACGGGACAAACUUUAUGGCCAAACGCAAGUUUCUUUAUGAAGAAAAAGCAAAAUACAGGAACGAAGGAAGAAGGGCCCGCCCGGGCACAGGAAGGGAAGGAUGGGGCCAAAGGAGCUCCCGGGGGGACCUCCUCUCAGUCUUAGGGCACUUCCUGCCCACCUCAGCCCUCUUGCGACUGCUUCAAUGGCGGGUGUCUUUUCCCAACUUCCGAGUGCGUGUGAAGUGUCCUUGCUCCCAGGGCUGACAGAGAUGCUCUUCCUUCUGAACCCUGAAUCCCAGAAUGCAAGUCCGUUUUCUAACCCAUUUUUGUACUCUUCUUCUGCUAUACUCCAAGAAACAGGGUCCGAGAGAGAAUGUUGUUUUCCUACUUCCUUGGCCUCUACAUGAAAGGUCAAUCAAUGGAAUAUUUGGGGGGUUUUCCUUUUUGGCCAUAGUUCAGCUUCUUGCCGCUCACACUAGAUGACAAUCUGAGAUGAAUAGUAUCUGGGGCCAAACAGGCAUUUCCAGGGAGGUUCCUAGACCUCUUAGCUUUAGAAUCGGUGCCAUGUAAGAUCAAGACAAAACUCUGACUGAUUUUUUUACCCUACAACAGAAUGGUCAAAUGUUUUCAUUUGUAAAAAUUUCCUAAUAAAAGAUGGCUUUUAGUCAUUUGUAAGCUAUGCAUAGAACUGAAAUAACAUUUUUUCUCAGUUUUCUUAUUCUAGACUGAAGUUACACAGAUCACUAUAUAAAUAAUCACUUUUACUGUCUGAGAAUAAUAUUGUGUUAGUAUAAAUUGUCAGGUGAGUUGACUGAAUAUAACUGACAAAAUUGAUUUUUAAAAAUCUGAAUUAUAUCCUUUUAAAAGCCAGAAUCUCAUUUCAAAAAUUGGCAGUUCUUAGUAAUUAAAAUGAAAAUGGGCAAUGACAAUCACAUUCAAUGAGCAAUUAAAGGAAAGAGUAAAGCGUAGAAUGGUAAGGUCUUAGAAGGAACUUAGAGGCCAUCCAGUCCAACCCCCUCAUUUUACAGAUGAAGAAACUGAGGCAUGGAGCAUUUAAGUGAUUUGUACAGGGGGCAAAGUAGAUGGGGCAGAAUUUGAAUCCACUUUUUAAAUCAAAUCUAGUACUCUCUCCAUUAUUACAUGCAGCCUCUCUUAAUUCACCAUGUUCUUAAAAAAUUUUAUCAAUUCUUUUGUCUGACCACACACACACACACACACACACACACACACACACAGAAAUCAUGAAUGAGAUCAGAAAUAUUACUAUUCUGUUGAUUCUAAUGUUAUUAGUUAAUUUAUUUAGUCUGUUUUUUAAUACAAAGUAAAAAGGGACAUUAAAAUUUUUUGAUAUAGCAAACUUUAUAUGAUAUUAUCCUCUAAAUUGAAUGUUAUCUUUAAUUCAGUAAUCCUUAAUAACCACCUGUAAUGUGCAAAAGGUUUUGUGGUAGGUUCUGGGUAUAAAAAGUUAAAAAAAUGAAAUAUUCUUUUACUCUCCAGAAACUUAGUUGAAAGUGAUUAAUUAAACUCAUUUCUAAGUGUUCCUUAUUCACAAAUUAAUCAUUUAAGUGCUAUACACUGAAUUUGAAAACUUAAGUUUCUGUUAUUCUAAAAGAACUAAUAUGUAUUUCUGCUUUUGAUUCAUAUGAAUUUCUGUUUUAUUAAAGGAAAAACUCUUUUGAUUUUUCCACAAAUCUUGUUUUAAAAUAUUUUCAACCUUUAUUCAUAGAUUUUUCCCAACGAUAUGGCACUUUGAAGACAUGUAGAAGUUUCUUUUCAACAGACAAUUAAGUUUUAGUCUUCAGUGUACAUAAACAAAAUUUCGUAAAUGUGAAAUCUAAAAUAACAAUUGAAAUAUACAAGGUGAUUAUAAAGUUCUGGUGCAACUUUAAAAACUUUGAUAUAUACAUGAUAAAUGUAAAUGUUACAUAAAAGCUGACAUAUUAAUGUUUUAAAAGAAUAUAGUCACAUUUAAAUUUAAGUAUCACUGCCAUCGUUUUGACAUAUUUUUUAACCAAUUUUAAGUUACUGCACAAUAAUUUCAUAAAUUGGAUUUAUCAAAAGAAAUAGAAAUUAACUAACUCCAAUUAACAAUAGCAAUAAAAAUUUAAGAAUUCACCUUUUAUAUGGCAUUAACUUUAUCAUGUGUAUACUUAAAGUUUAAAGAAUUUUAAGCUGCAUGGAGAUUUUAUAACCACUCCUUUUUUAAAACUUUUCACUCAGAAAUUAAUCUUUUUUGUUGUUUUUUAAAGUGUAUCUAUAUUUCUUCAGAUUCUAUUGAAGCUAAAUUUUACCAGUUGUGAGGAAUGAUCUCAACACUGUGACUAAAACUUAUUGUUUAAAAUUUUUAAGUGGUAAAAAAAAUUCUACAAUCUAAUUUAGGCCUUUUUUCCCUAUUUCAAUUUAAAAUAUAAUUUGAGACCAUAAACUUUCUCUUGGUGUUAUUAAUGGGGGUGGGAAUGAGGGAAAUUGGAUUGGAGCAAAGACCAUAAGAAUGGGCCUACUCCAGUGAGCUUGAAUGGAAUCAUGCCAGGAUACUUCCCCUCCCUAACUGCUACACUAAGGUGUUUUGCACCUUGAAUAAAUUUGAUCUUUUUGUUUCAAAUAAUUGGAAGAUUAAAGCAGUUUCUAUCUACUGACUUUAAAUACUAAAAGAAUGGUAAAUUUUAUUUAUAUUAUUAGCUUUUUGCAAAAUGCAUUUUGCUUUUUAAUUUGUAAAGAUUGAAAUGUUCAUCUCAAAUUCUUGUUCCACACUAUUCUACAGAUUCAAAUUGGCCCUAAAAUAUAAUAAAAACAAAAUACUUGGUGACGUGGAGGAAUUUUCCAACAGAAACAUCAUAGCAUUAACUUUAUCUUUAAAAAGAAAGGUUUUGUAUAUAUUAACUGUUUUUACAAAUUCCUGCCUGUGAUAUUUUUCCUUCUUGAAAAUUAUAUGUAGGAAAAUUUGUAGGCAUAUGCUUUCAAUCUAAAAUUUAAUAUUUGAUAAGGUAAAAAUAAUAGCAGGAAUAAUUUUCAAUUUUAAUAUAAUUUAAACUAAUGGAAAUAUUUCAAGUCAAACCAAGAUAUAUGAGUUAUCACAGUAUUCCCAAGAGAAAUUAGACCUUUAAUAAUGUAAUAUUUACUGGUUCACAUACCAUCUUGUUCGAAACCAGUACCAGAAAUAUUAGUGUAGUAAGUUCUUUCCCCCCUAAAAGUCCCUGACCUCAUAUAAAGUUUUUAAAAAAUUUUAAUGCUUGGUUUUUGUGUUUUUUAAAUAUUGCUGCAUCCUGUAUUAUAAUAUUCAAAAAAUUUUAAAUUAUCUAAAGAUAAUCCAUUUUCUAAUGUAUCAUUUGGCCACCAAGUUGAAUAAAGUAUAUAGAAAUGCUGUUUUGCAGAUGUUUGGGGAAAUUAUAUUUCUGCUACAUAAUGUACAUAUUUUUUAUUUAAACAUUUUGAUCAUUUAAAUUAAGGAACGAUCAAUGUUUACUUAUAUUUGAAAUAUCUCUCAAACUCUGACAUGAGUUCAUAUGAUUAAGAACUAAACAUAUGCAAAUAGAUUUUAAUUGAUGUAUCAGUGAAUAGUGAGAAAUUCAAAGUAAAUUUAAAAUAAUCCAGGGAGAAAAAGCGGAAGGAAAGAAGACGGAGGCUUCUGAAGCUUGGAGCUCGAGCCCCGGCCUGAAGAACGGAGAGUUAACCUGUGCUUGAGUCUAUUCUGUGUAACUCUUGGAUUCAAGUCUCUUCUCUUUAGUGGAAAGAGUCACUGUUGGGCCUCCAGGAAGGGCAAGGCUGGCUCAAGAGCAGAAACUCUCUCCUGGGGCUCUAAGGAGGUCAGCUGGAAACCUAAAACCCUGAUAUCCAGGCUAGGCGGAGGAGGGAGGACUUUCCCCUAUGUGGUUGCCUUCCCCAAAUCACACAUUUUUCCAGGAUAUGGAACCAUGGAAAAGCGUUUUCUCUUGAGACGGGAUACAAAAGGGAAAUGGCUUCUCCCAGCUUUUGAGCCAGUCCUGCCCCAGAGUUCUCUGGCACCAGGAAGGAUCCUACAUGGCUUAGCGUAGGGAACGCCCACAACAUAAGACACGGAAUCAGGCUUUGGUUCCUGACCUCUGACAGAAUGUAGAGUUUGCCUCUAGACCUUGCAAGGAACGUGUAAAUGAUUAGAAAUCAGGCUCCUGUUUUCCAGUAUGUGUACAGUACAUGUUAAACACAUGUCAUCUCUCCAUGGAAUUCACUUCAUAUGUAUACGUGGAGUAUGUAACUACUCAAAUUCUGUGUGCAGAAGUAAGCUAUCACAAGGCGGCUUUUCUGUUCAAUACUAUGUCCCUCUGAAAUGCUGUAAAUGUAUAUUUAAGCUGUAAAAAUGAUACUGAGAAUGUUGAGGUUUUGUAUUUAUGAAAUACCUUGAAAGUAUGGCUUACAGUAUAGCAAAAUGAUUUGUCGCUCCACCAUUUGUAAAUUCAUAGUAAAGAUUCUCUUACUUUAAUAAAGUGUUGCAUUUCUAUUAA